GAUCUGCGCAGACAGAAAUUUCUGUUUAGUCUGCAUUUUACUCAGGGCAGCAGCACGGUUACAAACUAUCUGUUCCCUCCCGCUAUGUCCUGUAGCCACGCGCCUUCAAGAUCUUGGCUCAAGGGCACCUCCAGACCCGCGAGUGUCCUUCCAGGGCCGCCGGGAUGCGUAGGGGUUUCUGUGGGAUGCAUCUCUGGAAGUCAGAGGUUACGUACAUUGGCGACUUUGGUGGAUGCUGCCUGAGGGGACCCCGCAGCCGUCUUGCCCCUCAUGACUGCUCCCUUCUGAUCUGUGGAUUCCUUAGCGGCGUUGUUUGGCCCCCUGCCAGGCACACUGAGGGCCACAGUUGAAUCCGUUCUUCAUUCGCAGACCUGGGGUGCUGUUUGCCUGCAGAGGGCCCUGUCCCGGCGGCUCAGAGAAGACAUGUCUCAAGCAGGACACCUCUCCAGGAGCCUCAUCGUGUGCACCUUCCUGCAGGAGCACGGGCUGCAAGCGGCGGAGGAUCCCGGCGUGACCAGCCUCCUCCAGUACGCGCCGGAGCCCCUGGGAGCCCUCCCUCACGAGGUGGCCAUGCGGCUGGCCUUCAUUGGGGACGAGUUGGAAGUGAGAUGGACGCUGCCCCGCUUUGCCCACGUGCCCUGGAUGGCCAUGUACAGCUUCGCGCACACCUACAACCAGGCCGGCCUGAGGGUGGUCCUUACCAGCGUUAUGGGUGGCCUCCCUUACCUCAGGGGGAACAGAAGGUUCUGGAGCUUCCUGAUCCUCAGGGCCUGGGUGUCCCCCCGCCAGGGACGGGGGCGCAAGCUGUCCGGGCUGCUGCUGCUGGCGCUGCUGCUAGACUGGGGCCUGCACCUCCUCCAGUGACGCGCUGCUGGCCGGCGCGGGGCGGGCUGGCCCCUCCCCCACCACCACCCUGGAGGUGGCCUUGUUGGUUUUGUCUUUUUAACUGUUUUCUUAUGAUCCCUUUUUUAUAUUUAAAUUCUGAGUGCUGGGACACUCCUGAGGUUUCAUACGUGUUUUUUUGGUUUUGUUUUUUGUAAGAGAAAUGAAUUAUACCUCUGGGAUCUUCAUGGCUAACUGUUCUCCUGGCCCCAGGAGCCAUCCUCUCCUGUGGGCCAUGCAGCAGGCGCUGGGGGAGUGCUGGUCACACCCGUGUCUGCGAUGCCCGCAGCAGAGAGAAUCUGCUGGAGUAGAUUUUGAGGGGUGAGGAGAGUCAAUAAAAUGUUGGUUUCCA